GGACAGGCGCGCCGGCAGGCGAGCGCAGGCAACCGCACGGUGCACGCAGCAGCGCGGCGGGUCAGCCGGCGGCCAAUAGCCGGGGCGCGACCCGCCCCGUCACCUCCCCCUCGGGGAGCCUAUAAGUUGCCCGCGACGCCGCGGGCGCCCGCCGCUCUGCGCCUUCCAGACCACCUGAUUCCCGCCCCUCUCCACGCCGCUUGACCUGCCGGCCGCGGGUACCCUGCGCCCACUCGGCGCGGCCGCCUCCGCCCGCCUUCGUCGGCCCGGGGCGGAUCAGGGGUCCCCACUCUCGCGAGAAGUGGGCCGCUGCAGGGCGUCAGGGGCUCCGGAGCCCCCGUCCCCGACGGGCCGAAGAUGGGGCGAUGCGCGGUGCAGCCGCGGCUGCUGCUGCUGCUGCUGGCGCUCGUCCUCCAGCCCUGGGACCCCUGCUUGGGUGCAGACUCGGGGAAGUCCUCCAGCAUCCCCACAGAUAAAUUAUUAGUCAUAACUGUAGCAACAAAAGAAAGUGAUGGAUUCCAUCGAUUUAUGCAGUCAGCCAAAUACUUCAAUUAUACUGUGAAGGUCCUUGGUCAAGGAAAGGAGUGGAGAGGUGGUGAUGGAAUUAAUACUAUUGGAGGGGGCCAAAAAGUGAGAUUGAUGAAAGAAGUCAUGGAACAUUAUGCCAGUCAAGAGGAUCUGGUUGUCUUGUUUACUGAAUGCUUUAAUGUUAUAUUUGCUGGUGGUCCAGAAGAAGUUCUAAAAAAGUUCCAAAAGUCAAACCACAAAGUGGUCUUUGCAGCAGAUGGAAUUCUGUGGCCGGAUAAAAGACUAGCAGACAAGUAUCCCAUUGUGCACAUUGGGAAACGCUACCUGAAUUCGGGAGGAUUUAUUGGUUAUGCUCCACAUAUCAACCGUAUAGUUCAACAGUGGAAUCUGCAGGAUAAUGAUGAUGAUCAGUUAUUUUAUACUAAAAUUUACAUUGAUCCAUUGAAGAGGGAAGCUCUUAACAUCACACUGGAUCACAAAUGCAAAAUUUUCCAGACGUUAAAUGGAGCUGUAGAUGAAGUUGUUCUGAAAUUUGAAAAUGGCAAAGCCAGAGCUAAGAAUGUGUUUUAUGAAACAUUACCAGUGGCAAUUAAUGGAAAUGGACCCACCAAGAUUCUCCUGAAUUAUUUUGGAAACUAUGUACCUAAUGCAUGGACACAAGACAAUGGCUGCACUCUUUGUGAAGUGGAUACAAUUGACUUGUCUGCAGUAGAUGUUCACCCAAAUGUAACAAUAGGUGUUUUUAUUGAGCAACCAACCCCUUUCCUACCUCGAUUUCUGGACAUAUUGUUGACACUGGAUUACCCAAAAGAAGCAGUUAAACUCUUUAUUCAUAACAAAGAAGUUUAUCAUGAAAAGGACAUCAAGGUGUUUUUUGAUAAAGCUAAACAUGAAAUCACUACUAUGAAAAUAGUAGGACCGGAAGAAAAUCUAAGUCAAGCCGAAGCCAGAAACAUGGGAAUGGAUUUUUGCCGUCAGGAUGAAAACUGUGAUUAUUACUUUAGUGUGGAUGCAGAUGUUGUUUUGACAAAUCCAAGGACUUUAAAAAUUUUGAUUGAACAAAACAGAAAGAUCAUUGCUCCUCUUGUAACUCGUCAUGGAAAGCUGUGGUCCAACUUCUGGGGGGCCUUGAGUCCUGAUGGAUACUACGCUCGAUCUGAAGAUUAUGUGGAUAUUGUUCAAGGGAAUAGAGUAGGGAUAUGGAAUGUCCCAUACAUGGCUAACGUGUACUUAAUUAAAGGAAAGACACUCCGAUCAGAGAUGAAUGAAAGGAACUAUUUUGUUCGUGAUAAAUUGGAUCCUGAUAUGGCUCUUUGCCGAAAUGCUAGAGAAAUGACUUUACAAAGGGAAAAAGACUCCCCUACUCCGGAAACAUUCCAAAUGCUCAGGCCCCCAAAGGGUGUGUUUAUGUACAUUUCUAAUAGACAUGAAUUUGGAAGACUGUUAUCAACUGCUAAUUAUAAUAUUUCCCAUUAUAACAAUGACCUCUGGCAGAUUUUUGAAAAUCCUGUGGACUGGAAGGAAAAGUAUAUAAACCGAGAUUAUUCAAAGAUUUUCACUGAAAAUAUAGUUGAACAGCCUUGUCCAGAUGUUUUUUGGUUUCCUAUAUUUUCUGAAAAAGCCUGCGAUGAAUUGGUAGAAGAAAUGGAGCAUUAUGGCCAGUGGUCUGGGGGGAAACAUCAUGAUAGCCGUAUAUCGGGUGGUUAUGAAAAUGUCCCAACUGAUGAUAUCCACAUGAAGCAAAUUGAUCUGGAGAAUGUAUGGCUUCAUUUUAUCCGGGAAUUUAUUGCACCUGUUACGCUGAAGGUCUUUGCAGGCUAUUAUACUAAGGGGUUUGCACUAUUGAAUUUUGUAGUAAAAUACUCCCCUGAAAGACAACGCUCUCUUCGCCCUCAUCAUGACGCUUCUACAUUUACCAUCAACAUUGCACUCAAUAAUGUGGGAGAAGAUUUUCAGGGAGGUGGAUGCAAAUUUCUAAGGUACAAUUGCUCUAUUGAGUCACCAAGAAAAGGCUGGAGUUUCAUGCAUCCAGGGAGACUCACGCAUUUGCAUGAAGGACUUCCUGUUAAAAAUGGAACGAGAUACAUCGCUGUGUCAUUUAUAGAUCCCUAAGUUAUUUACUUUUCAUUGAACUCAGUUUUCUUUUGGAAUGGAUGCCUGGCAUGAACAUGUCUUUGAAGUUGUGCUUGAGACGAUGAGAAGAAUAUUUAAAUAACUUCCACAGAACAGCUUCACUUUGGGCCAAACAUUUGAAAAACUUUUUAUAAAAAAUUGAUAUUUCUUAAUAUCUGCUCUGAGCCUUAAAACACAGAUUGAAGAAGAAGAAAAAGGAAAAAAAAUGUAAAAGCAAAUAUUUAUUUCUAUGCCUUAUUGUCUCUGAGAAUAAUGACAAUUUUCUGAAUUUGUGUUUCAGUUGAUAAAGUAUUCAGGUACAGAUGUACAAGUGACAAAUGAGACUAAUAAUAUUUUCUUAUUAAAAGGCUGGGAAGAGUUUUAUUUAUCAACAUGUAGACAAAAUGGAUAUAAAUGAAAAUUUCAAAAAUUUUAAUUUUUGAAAUGCUGAAAAACUGGAGUUCUAACUGAAUUUGUACGCAACUAAUUGUGUAAGUGCUUUUUUGACAGCCUAUAUAGCUACCUUUUACAGUAGUUACUGAAGGAAUACAAAGAACAAUAUUACACAGUAUUUUUCCUCAAGAAACUUAGUACAAAAUACAACUGAGGUACAUAUCCAGUGGAAAACAUUUCUGUUUAGAUUGUUAGACAGGUUUUUUUACAUUUGCAGUAGAAAUCAAGCCUUAUGUUCCUUCAGAUGAAUUUUCCAAGGUAGAUUAUAUUAAGUAGAUGUUAGAUUUAGGAAAGCUUUUGAGCCUUUCGAUUUCUUAAAGUACAUCAAGUAUCAUCUUAAGAUCAGCAAGUGUCCUUAACUAAAAACAGGGUUUUUUUUUUUUUAAUUCUAGAAAAUAAUGAGGAAAAAGAAAAUUUCAUUGAGAUCAGUAGUAACACUUUAUGAUUUUUUUUAAAAAAAAAACUCUUUUUACGUUUUUAAGUACUUGAAUUUUAUAUCAGGAAGAUAAAGUUGGUGAGCCUUUGUUCUUCCCUUUUGCCCUUUGUCUGCCUCCUAAUUCUUUUCUUCGGGAGGGUGAUUCACAUUUUUGUCUUCCCAGCAUAGUCUCCAUUUUAUCCUUCUUACUCUUUUUAUUACCUUCCUUUUAUCCCACUUUAAAAAAUUCCCCAACACAAAAAAAAUUGUGACUUGAUUUUUUACCAUUACUCUGAGUGGGGUUUAAAUACUCUUAUUGUAGCUACUGUUUUUAAUUUAAAGGUUAAACUUGAAAAAAAGUUUUAAGUCAUGGUGCCAAAUUUCAUUUUUCUAACACCAUGUGUUAGAAAAUUAUGAAAAAUAAAAUAAUUUAAAAUAAGUUUCUGUUGUUCUCUUUAUUAUUGGUGAUUUAUCUUUAGAAGAGACUAUAUGGUGGAGUAUACUGAAAGAAUAUCUGGAUGCAAUAGGCCGUGAUUUUUGAAUUUUGCUUGGUACAUUUACUGAUAUCAGAACUUAAUAAACAUUCUAGUUAUUGAAUUCCAAA